GGAUCUGCAAUUUUAUGAUUCACACAUCUUACAGAGUUUUGUGACACAUUCGAUAGCUUGGGGACUACACUUAUUAAACUAUGGAAAUUAUUCUCUUCGUAACAGUUGCUUCUCUUGUAACUGGAACAUUAAGUCAGGAAACGAAAGUUCAAAUCUUCAAGACUGAAAAAAGCCUCUCAAACAGGAAGUGUAACGCCCAAGAUGAAAUUGAGGGAUCAAUGUUGACGCGUUCCAAGAUAACGUGUGUGUCCGCAUGCAUGGCUACUGCCGACUGUCAAUCAGUAUUUUAUGAGAACGGCAAUUGCUUCCGAUGCAGAUCCACAUACACGGAGAGUCAAGCAACAAGCCUUCCGUCGAGGCCAGGAAGUAUCUACAUGUACUACAAAAAAGAGAGCCCAACAGAGAGCCCAACAAGAUCGCUGUCAUACAAAAACUCCAGUUACUAUUUUAGCUCAAUCAUCUAUCGUAAUUUUACUGAUGCAAAGCAAUAUUGUUCGUCGAUCAACUCUCAUGUACUUGUUAUUGAUGACACCGAAGAAAACGAAUUUGUGAUCAACAGCCUAAACAGUAAGCACUUUUGA